AUGAAAGACGGAUUCAGCAGAAUUAUUAACUCCAAGAAACCACCUUUAAAUCCUCAAAAUGGGAAGAAGAUGGAAUUGCAGGGAAGCAAAUCACAGUCCACAGAAAAAGCUCCAGCAAAUGGGCGCCGGUUGAUGAGAGAAACAAAAAUGGCCUUAUCACAAGAUGUUGACAAGCUAAGGAAGAAGCUGAGACACGAAGAAAAUGUUCAUAGAGCUCUUGAGAGGGCUUUUAAUAGACCAUUAGGAGUUCUACCUCGACUCCCUCCUUAUCUUCCUCAUAAUAUCUUGGAGCUACUAGCUGAAGUAGCUGUAUUGGAAGAAGAGGUUGUCUGGCUUGAAGAACAGGUUGGUCUAUAUCAGGAAGCUGUUCACAUAUCCUCCAAAAGGAGCGUGGAGGAUUCACCGUGUUCAUACACUGAGUCGUCAGUUGGAAGUUCUAGACGAAGACACUCGAGAUCCUUGUCACAAAAUGAUGUCAAUUUGAGCUCAUUAGCCGCACGCCCUUCAGCUUCUCUUGCGAGAAGUGCAUCUACAAGAAAACUAUUUCCUUCUGAAUCUGUCUCAGAAGGCACGAGGGAUUCCUUUAACAGGACCUCUAAUGGAAAACUAGCUUCCUGUAAACCAAAUCUGCCCUCCAAAUAUGGAUUAAGAAUCAAGAAUCGAUCUUGUUUCAGUUCUUCCGAUGAUAAACUAUCUUCGGAAAAGAAAAACCCUGUAAUAAUUGACGUGGAAAAGAAACUUACAGUAAAUCCUGAACCAAUAAGCAAAAUUGCAAGUCCAAGGAAACUGCAGUGUAGAAUUGUGGAGCAAGCACAAGAGAGUUCAACUAGUUCGUCAGAUGACUUAGUGACUGAUGCAGAGAGCCCGGCAAACAAAAUUUCAGAGGACCUACUAAAGUGCUUGUCCAGCAUUUUUCUAAGGUUGAACAAACUGAAAGGGAAAACAAUGGAUUCAGAGUCUUUUUCUUCACUUGUAUCUAGAGCAUUUAGUAAGAAUAACGUGGAAUCAGAUUUUCGAGAUCCUUAUUGUAUAUCUUCUGAAUUUAAGAAGAGGGACAUCGGCCCUUACAAACAUCUUUGCACAAUUGAAGCUGGAUCAGUUGAUCUCAACCGCAAGUCAAAGGCAUCAUUUUUUAUCCGUAGAUUAAAGCUCCUCCUUGGCAAGCUAGCGUCUGUCAAUUUAGAGGGUUUAAAGCAUCAACAGAAGCUCGCCUUCUGGAUUAACACCUACAAUUCCUGCAUGAUGAAUGCAUUUUUGGAGCAUGGAAUUCCUGACAGUCCUGAAAUGGCUGUAGCACUAAUGCAAAAGGCGACUAUUACUGUUGAAGGACAUUUGCUAAAUGCAAUUAUGAUUGAGCACUUCAUCUUGAGAUUACCAUUUCACUUAAAAUAUACAUACAAAAAAUUUACCAAAAACGACGAAAUGAAGGUUCGUAGCACAUUCGGCUUAGAAUGGUCCGAACCACUGGUCACAUUUGCACUCUCCUGUGGAAGUUGGUCAUCCCCUGCUGUGAGGGUGUACACUGCAUCUCACAUUGAAACUGAGUUGGAAAAUGCAAAAAGAGACUAUUUACAGGCAGCAGUUGGGAUUUCACCAGCAAACAAGUUAAUAAUUCCGAAACUACUAGACUGGUAUCGACUCGACUUUGCAAAGGACCUGGAUGCAUUACUCGACUGGGUUUGCCUUCAGCUACCGUCUGAGCUCAAGAAUCAGGCAGUAAAAUGUCUUGAGAGAGGAGGAAAACAGCCUCUUUCUACAUUAGUACAGGUUAUGCCAUAUAAUUUCAGUUUCAGGUACCUUGUAUAUCGAUAG